GUCUUACGUACGACGAAACGACCAUUCGACGGCGACACCACUCGUUUUUUAUUAGUCGUUGUGAUCGGGGUUUGACAAUUUCGUGGGUUUCACGUGUUGUUUCAGUGCCGGCUAAUUAAUCCAAUUAAAUUUCAUAAUUAGUGCCCAUUAAAAUUACAUUGACAUUACGGAGGAAAGAGUGCAUUUUCAAAGUGUCACCGCAUCGAAGGUGCAACUGCGAAGGAGAAUUUUCAAAUUUGAAAAUUUUCGAGCUCUCGACCUGCGUUAAAACUGAAAUCAUCCCCAGGUGAUUCUGCCGCUGGACGAGGCCGCAGUCUCGUCUUCCCUGCUCGGUGUCAUGUCCAGCACAGAGCCAGCGAAUAACGACCACUGUCCAGCCUCCGCAGCCUCCACAUGCGGCCUCGUGGGGACCCUCUUCCCCACGAGCUGUCGAGGCCGAGCCGAAGCCUUUGCGCGUCGUCUUCACCGUCGACUGACAUCCCUCAGCGGAACUGACAAAGAUCUCUCUCCCACCUCAGCCAAGCCCAACGAGACCUCCUGGUUACAAACAAAUCACCACAACAACACCGACCCCACCUCCCGCGUCCACGAGCGUCAGCCCCGUCACAGCCCCGAGUCCGACCUCUACUACGACUUUGACUUCUCCCCUGAACACGAGACCGAGAAUUCUCAGGACCCGGGUUCUCCCGAGGAAGUCGUCACAGCAGCUGAAUUCGCCAAUCUCCUCGUCAACACCUCGAAGAUCCUCAAAUCAAGUCACGAGCCAUGUAACUGCAUCAAAAAACACCUUGACGACAUAAACCAGGGCAAAGAGUUGGAAUACGUUUUCUCCUCGCCUCUGGACGGCAACACUCCCUCAGACAGCGAAGUUUUCUACGACCCCGAGUCCUCAGAGGCCGACAAGACCAGAACCGACGACUUCUUUGACCCCAUCAAUACCUCCGAGAGUGACGCACCGAUGAAACUGUCAAACGGAGAUGUCCCGAACGUCCACAAGCCACCAGGUCGUCGAAGACUGGAGAUGAAUGGCCGAAAGGACGAAGACACUUCCGAGGAGUCGAGUUUAUCCCUCAAUGGAAGGGUCAAACAAGCCGACGUACGAAUCCAGCCGAUAGUAAUCAACAACAGUUCUGAUGAAUCCUUGAAUGACGUCGCAAGUUCUCUGGAGACAACAUCUCCAAGUCACGAGUCGUUGUGGAGUACUUUUGAUGAGUCUACGGUAUCUCUUCAGGAUGAUAUUUCUUCUGUGACAGCUGCCCCCACCAGAACGAGAUUUCUCAAGUCUCAUUCGGACUCGGAGUUGAUUCCAGGGGUGAUCAAGAUGGCAGCUAUUGAUUUGGAGUCUAUUGCGCCUGAUGAAGUCGAUCAUGUGGGAAAACCGAUUGAUGAUCUGGGGACGGACUGGAGGCAUGAACAGGCUGGGGAUUAUUGUAAUGGAGAUGUUCUUGAGAAAGACCCAUCGAGUCUUAAUGAAGACAGUUCUGGGGUACUUGAAGACCACUCGACGUACAGCUCGACUUUUAAUAUCCCUGGGGCUCUCGAGGUCGAGUGUCCGAUUGCGAAAACAUCUCCAGUGGAUGAAACUCUUACGAACGAGGUCAACAUGCGAGUUGGAGAGACUGAGGAGGUUAAUUCUGUGGAGGACAUGUCCAAGUUGUUGAAGAAGUUGUCUUGUUCUCCUCGAGGUAGCUUCGAGACUGAUGGAAAGGAUCUUGAAGGGAAUUCGGAGGCUUGCGAGGGGAAUGAGGAUGAUGAGAGGCCUCAGAGGGUCAGAAGGUGUUCUUCGUUGAAGACCGGGAAGACCCCACCGGGGACGCCAGGGCGGAAGAAGAUCGUGAGGUUUGCUGAUGUAUUGGGGCUGGAUCUUGCUGAUGUCAGGACCUUCUUGGAUGAGAUUCCCAAGGUGCCGAAUUCGGCGUAUUCUGAUCUGAUUUAUGAUGAUGUCUUUCAGAAGGAUUCGAGUCCCAGUUUGUAUGGCUCCAGUCCAACGAAUGGGGGCAUUGGGGGAGUUUCUGGGGGACUCAGGCCUGACAGGCUACUGGUGCCCAUGUUCCAGCAGCCUGGGGGGCUGCCUAACUUCCUGGAUCUCGUGAGGGACCGCCAGGUGUGCCUCGAAAAUGUUGUCGUACAGGAUCCCAUCACUUUGUGUCUCAGGGGCUGUGUCAGGGUGAGGAAUUUGGAUUUUCAUAAGUCCGUUCAUGUCAGGUACACUAUGGACUCAUGGAGAACAUUCAGCGAUCUUCAGGCACUAUAUGUCAAUGGGUCUUGCGAUGGAUUCAGUGAUAAAUUCACUUUUGUGCUGUAUUGCCAUACUUUGAGGGUGGGACAGAGGCUGGAGAUGGCCGUUAGGUUUCAAUGCAAGGGGACUCAGUAUUGGGAUAAUAAUGCUGGGAUUAAUUACUGCUUCCAGUGUCUUCCGAUGACAACGAACCCUCAUUAUCUGCCUAUUGGCAUGGGGACUGGGGGGAGUCAUGACUGGACUCCGACGUUUUAUUGAAAUUCAGGGGUGGAAGUGGGGGAAACGAGGCAAUUUUUUUGUUUUGGUUGAUAUUCAAUCAUCUUGAUGAUGAGGGAUUCUGGGAGAAAUAUAUAAUACCAGUUUUUGUUGGAAAUUUCGUGGCCUACAAAGAGAGUCUUCUGAUGUCGAAAAAAAUUGAAAUUUUUUAAAUUGGAAUUUUAAAAAUUGGCUGUUUUUUUCUCGUUGAAUAACUUUGAAAUCUUCUCGAUUUUUGUUGGAUUUUGAAUAAGAUUUGAAGAGAUAUUCUCUGUAAAAGAUUCAAUUCUCUGUGAAGGAGAGCUUCUGAUGUUUUCUCGAAAAAUGACGCAUUUUGGAGAUAAUUAUGAGAUGAAGGAGAUUUCAAUUUGACAUGAAAUCUGCUCUAGUUGAUUAAUUGUUAAAUUAUCUCUGUAAUGAUCAAUUCUGAGAGAAGAUUUGAAGGACCCUUUUUUGUAGAAAAUGUAAUUCUCUAAAGAAUAUGUAUUUUGAUAUUUUUCGCUCUAAAAUGCAUCAUUGUGAAGAUAAUAAUGAGAUAAUAACUGACAAAACAGAUUUUGUAUUCAAUUCGAAAUCUUCUCUCCUUAAUCAGUUAUUAUCAAUUUUAGAACAAAAUUUUAGAAAAUCUUUCCUGCAGAAAUUCAGUAUUGUACAGGAUAGAUUAUAAUAUUUUUGUCAAAAAAUCGUCCAUUAUCGAGAUCAUAGCUUGAUCAACAGUGUGAAUUUUAAAUUUGAAAUCUAUCGAUAAUUAAUCAUAAAAUGAUCUGAGUAAUUAUCGAUUUUAGAGGAAAAGUUUUGGGAAAUCUUAUUGAAAAUUGAAUUUAAUACAGAAUAGGUCUCUUGAUAUUUUUUCCCUGGAAUGCCUCAUUAUCAAGAUGAUUGAAAUGAACGAAAUAGAUUUUGGAUUCGAUUCGAAAUCUUUUUUUUUUGAUAAUUAUCAAUUUUAGGCGAAAAUUGAAAAAUACUUUUUUGUGGAAAUAUAAUUCUCUAGAGAAUAGGUUUCUUGAUAUUUUUUUCAAAAAUCCCUCGUUAUCCCCCGUUAUCGAGAUCAUUGCCUGAUUAACUAACUGUCAUUUGUCAUUAGGUAUUUGUCGAUUUUAGAGGAAAACAUCGGGAGAUUGUAUUUGUAGAAAAUUAAUUUCCCUACAAAAAAGGUCUGAUAAAGCAUUCGAUCCCCAGAUAAAUGCACAAUUAUAAAAAAAAUCGAAUUUCAAGGGAAACUAUUCCCCACUUCAAUCCUGGAUUAAUCAAUUGUACAUAAAAAUCAUCUUUUUCUUUAUCCUUAUUGAUAAACAAUCGUGCUCGAUGUAAUUAUACGAAUCCAAGGUUGCUAUUAGCAGUGUAUUAAGUAUAAAUUUUAGAUUUUUUAGCCGUUUUUUUAGCUCUCACUGAUUCGAGUUGGGUCUGAAUGCAAAACAAAACAGCAAUGUUCCUACGGAGAAAGUUACAUCGAGAGAUAUAUUAUUUGUUGAAUUGCUCUCUCCAAAAACGUGUCAAACAAUUCGUGAUAUUUUUAUAUGCAUGACAUUCAUCUAGAAUCCUCUAGUCGGCCUGAAGGAUAAUAAAUACCUGUAGUAACUCCGUGUUUCAACUCGACUCGAGUCAGCCCAUUAAUUAGAUUUUUUUAAAAAUAUCAUUUUAAUCAAGGCGUUAAUUAACGAUAGGCUGUGAGAGACUUGGGUGUAAGACUGGAUGAACACUGAGAAAAUGAAUGGUAAUGGUAGUAAUUAUACAACAUUUCUUUUUUAGUUUGGAUCGACUUAUUUUUGUUUUAACAAUUUACUAUCAUGUACUGUUAUCCUUUGAUAAUGCUCACUCUUCCUGAGAAAUACUUGUUCGUUGGUGUCCUCAAUCAAUUUGCAAUAAAAUUCUGUACAAACCAAGCAGAAUUUGUACCUGAGACUGUCGAAGAUGUUGAAAUUAUCAAUGCCAGGUCUUUAUAUUUUUCUACAGUAAGAAAAUUCUAAAUAAAAAUGCUCCAAUUAAUUGAAGGCCUCAAGUACCAUCCGUCUGUCCAGGAAGAUCUAUCAAUCGACUGAACUACGAAUAAAAAUUAUCUUCGAGCACAAAUAAUGGAGAAAGGAAGAAUAGUAAAAUAAUUAAUAAAACAAAUCAUGUAUGUAAAUGCGUUGUUUACUUUGUACAGAAAAUUGAACGAUUAUAUUGACGAAAUAUUUUACACAGAAUGAACGCUUGUAAGUUCCUCUCAUCUCUCGAAUGAUAACAAAUGAAAUUAUGUAAAUACAAUCGAGGGACCUGGAGUCGUUUAAUGAACGUUAAAUAAUGUAUUGUUAUUGGUCCCAUAUGAAAAUGCCUAAGUGAGGGAAAUUAAAUGAUUAAUUAUUAUCUUAAAUGAAGGAGGGAAUGGGAUUAGAGAGACCUGAGAGUCUAACGUAUCAUUAUUCAUAUACAAUAAAAUUAUUAUCUGUAAAAGUUGUUCUACAUGUUGUAUUAAGACAAUAAAUUUAAUGAAAUUAAA